ACGUGUUUGUAAUGUUUACUGAAAAUCUUUUUUAUGUCUUUCUAACGCAUUAGAGAUUUCUUACUGGGGAUAUCAAUGGCAGAUGCAGUUACAGAAAUUGCUCAAGAACAUGACUCGGAAAAGAAAAAGAAAAUUCCUUUGGAAGAAAGGAGCAAGGAUGAUUUGGUAAAACUUGUUAGAAAACAUCUGAGCCUCUUGCAAAAAUCCAAAGAAAAAUAUGAUGAAUUGAACAAGAAAUGUCUCGCUAUAGAACAAGAAAAAGAAUCAGCUGUUGCUCAGCAAUUACUAUCUCAAAAGGAAUUUCAGGAAGAAGUAGAAAAGCUUCAAAAGAGUAUUGAAAACCUCACAGCUGAAAAUAAAAAAUGCAUUGAAGAAAAAGCAUCUAAAAUAUUAAAGUUGAAAGAAGAAUUGGAAGCUGCUCUGCAAGACAAAACUUCUUUCAUAUCUCUUCUAAGUGAGAAAGAUGAAAGAAUGCAGUGUUUAACUAUGCAGCUAGAUACAGUAAAAGCCACAUGUCUUUGCUUCCAAGAGGAACUGUCUAAACUUCAGAAACAAAACAAGGAAAUGACUGAAGAAAUUCAAGUCUUGACUGAAGCCAGAGACGCAGCUUUGCAAUCUCUUAAGACUCAAGGGCAUGCAUCAAGUGAUAAAAGUGACAAUCAUGAUAGUCUUUUACAAGAAUCCUGCGAGUUGAAUAAAAAAUAUGCAAUAUGUAUUGAAGAGAACUGUGUCUUAAGUUCAAAAAUUGAAAAAUUAGACACUGAAAUAAGAAAUCUUAAAUAUGAAAAAUCUAAACUUAAUGAUGAUUUAUCAGAAGUGCAGGGAAAAUAUGCAUCAUUGAAGUUAAGGUAUGAAACUGACAAUAAUGACUAUUCCAUUCUAAUAACAGACAAUCAGCAAUUACAAGCAAAAAUUAGGCAACUUCAGAAUGAAAUUGAUGACUUAAAAGAGACAAUGGAAGUAAAUCAGCAAGAAAAAGAAAGUAAUCUUCAAAGUAUAAAAGAUGUCCUAGAAGCUGAAAACCGUUCACUUUCUGUGCAAGUAAAAGAGAUGGAGACAAAAAUUACAGAAACUGCAUCAGCUCUUGAAACUAGUGAAAAACAGAGGAUUAAAUUAGAAGAUGAGGUUAAAAAUCUUUGUAACUCCCUUAAAAUGUAUGAUGACUUUAAAGGUGGCUUUGAACAUGCUGUUUUGCAAGGAGCAGCUACUGAAAGUCUUGUAUUAUCUGUCAAUGAUAAGAACAUUAAUGAAGGAAUGAUUGACACUUCCAAGAAGGAAGUUGCUACUGAAGUCCAUAAGGAUAUUCAAGGUAAUGUAUAUACAAAUUCUGGUCUGUUCAGUGAUUUAUAUGCUACUGAAUCCACAGCAGGAAUAGAAUUUGCUUUAUUAGAAGGUGGAGAUGUUUUCUCUCAUUUUGAAGAAGUUCAGAAUCAGCGCCAUGAACAUACUGAGAAUGAAUCAGAUGAAAUAAAUAAAUUGCAAAUAUUUGCUGAAAAAUUAAAAUUAGAAAACCAAAAUUUGGUUCUUCAUUGUGAAGAACUGGAGAAAGAAAAGGCUGCUUUUGAUUAUGAAGUUAGUAUUAUGAAGCGAAAAAUUGUAGAAUUCUCUGAUUUACUGCAAGAAACUCAAUCAGAAAAUGAAUCUCUUAAAUUAAAAUUAGAAUAUCAAAAUUCAGAAAAAUCUAGAGUACUUGAAGGUUCCUACAAAAUUAUUCCAGUACAUACAAAUGCAGGAGUAAAUACUGAAUCUGAUUUAAUAGAAGUUCAUUUAUCAAAUGGGCAAACUUUAGACACUGAUUCCUUUUGUAUAGAAGAGAAAAUUACAAAUCUAAUUAAAAAAGUUACAUUCUUGCAGUCGGAAGGCACAAAUUGUUUUGAAAAUUGUGCAUUAAUUUCUCAGGAGUUAAAAGAACUAAGCCUACAGAUUAGAAAUUUCACAAGGAAGAUGGAAGAUAUUGAAAUUGCUAAAUUAAAUAUUGAGACUCGUUCAGAACUAGUUGAAAAACAAAAUUUAGAACUAAGUGAAAAACUAGAUAAAAAAUGUGCUGAACUGAAUGAAUUCAAUCUGCAACUUGAGUUAUUAAUAAUAGGUAUUAAGCAGGGUGUUCGACAGAAGACCACAGCAUCUUCAUAUCAAACUGAAAGAGAAUUAACAGAAAAUAUGGCACAAUUAAAACUUUUGCUUGAUGAUUUACUAGUACGCUGUAACAGUAAUGCAAUUAAAGUUCAAACACUUGAAUCCGACAUAGAAAAUAUAUUGAUUCAAAAACAAAAUAUAGAAGAUGAACUAAUGCAAAUAAGAGAACUCAAUUAUUUUCUUGAACAUGAAGCCAGAGAGUUGCGUGAUGAAGUAGAACAACUGAAAUGUGUUUCUAAGAUGGAUGCAGAAAACUAUGAAAGUCCUGAAAUAUGGUGUGAUGCCUCAUUUCAGAAAUGUUCUCCUGAAUUAUAUAGCAUUGAGGAAAUUAAUGAAUAUGAUGAUAAAUCGUUUAAUUUGAAUGAAGUGGAAAAUGAUAAUACGAAGCCUUUUUCUGUUGAUUCUGAAGUGAAUACAGAUGUGGCUGAGUCAAAAAUACAGAACUGUUUAGUACAGCAUGUUUCAGUACAAGUAGGUGAUCCCUUAAGUUCAUCAAAAUACGAAGAUACAUUUCAUUUAUCAGAUAUAAAUGAAAAUAUUUCAAGUAAUCAUCAAACAAACAUGGAAGAAAAACUCCAAAUAACAGUAAAGGAGUUGAAAGAUAAGGAAAAAAUUAUUGAAACAUUAACUGAUGAUACUAAUAAUUUAAAAUCCUUAUUAAAUGAUAAAUCUAAUUUAGUUGAAAGAAUCCAUUGUGAAAUGGAUUCUUUGCUAUCAAAAAUUGAGGAACUUACUGUUGAAUUGCAUGAAAAAGAUUGUGAUGUAAAUAAUUAUAUGUGUUUAAAUUUGGAUCUCAAAAGAAAGCUGCAGCAUUACGAGAGUGUACAACAAGAUGCAUUUAAGCAUGUUAGGGCAUCAGUAGAUGAACUAAAAGAUUUGAAAACUUCUCUUAACAGUGAAAUGCAAACAGCAUUUAUCUUUUACAAUGAAAACAUGAAUGUCUUAAAAUAUAGCCUUACUGAUGUUUUAAAUUCACAUAAUUUAAUGGUAGAAAAGUUAAAACAGAAGUGUUUACACUUAGAAACUAAUAUAACCGAAGUAAUAGGAUUCUUUAAUAAAAUAACCGAAGAUAUUGAACUUUGGUUAGCAUUUGUAAAUGGGCAAUUUAAUCAAAAUAGUAAUGACCAGAUAUUUUCAAAGAAAUGUGAUAUUUCUUCUCUUGAAUGUACAUUUCAGGAAGAACUUUCAUCUUUUAGAUAUUCACAAAUUGAAAAUAAAUGUAUUGAUAGUGAUUGUUGCACAAUAUUAAAUAAUGUAAAAAACCUGAAUGAGUUAAAUGUAAGAUUUUUGUCUACAUUGUAUCAUUAUUUUAACAAUAUUUCAAAUGAUGCAGUUUCGAAAGAAUUAAAUGACUGUAAAAUAAACAUCAUACCUACUCUUGAAAAGACUAUAAAAAACUUAGAAAACAAAUGUGCAGUUCAGAGUGAACUGCAGAACAGUAAUGAUGUAUCAAAUAAUCAGCAAGUUGCUGAAUGUGGAAAUGAGAUAGAUGAUUUAAAGAAUCAGUUAGCUGAGACUGAAAUUAAAAUGAAUAAAUUUAAGCAAAUUGCUUUAAAGAUGAAAAAGGAAUUAACUGAGACUAAAAAACAGUAUAAUGAAGUUAUGGAAGGAAAAGAAAAAUGUGACGCAGAAAUUAUUGAAAUCCGACAAGAAUUGGAGAAGGUUUCAUCUGAUCAGUAUCGAUAUGUUCAGAAUUACCAGAGUUUGCAGAAUGAAUACGACAAGCUACAAGAUGAAAAUGAAGUCCAGAAAAUUCAUGCAAAACAGUUAGAGGAAGAUCUUGCAAAUAAAUUACUUGAACUUAACACUUACAAAGAGAAAGUGCUAGAUCUAGAAUCCCAGCUAACAAAAUCUCAGCAGAUGUACGACACAAGUGUUUCGGUAAAGGAAGAAAUAGAGAGGAAGUGUGCUGAUUUGGAAAGUAAAGUUAUAAUUCUGGAGAGUAAAAAUGUUGAAAAAGUGCAAAAGAUCCAAGAGUUAGAAGCUGAAAUUGCAAAGCAUUUGAAAGAAUAUAAUUCAGUUGUGGAAGAAAAUAAGGGCUUAAAACUACAAUUGGAAUAUGCAGAGAAGGAAGAAAAAAAGAAGAAUUUAUUAGAUUUAGAAAUGGCUGAUUAUGAAAGAAGUAUUUUGGAAUUAAACAGCCAACUCCAGAAAAAAGAAAAUGAGAUUAGUGAAUUGCAGAUUGAAUUAAAAUCUCAUUUGGAAAAAAUACAAAGCUUACAAGAAGAACUGAAAUCAACUGAAACGCUGAAAGAUACUGAAGAAAAACGUGCAGAAAAUCUUAAAGAAGUCUUAGAGAAAACCAAAACAGAAUUAACAACAGUUCGUGAGCAUGAUGAAGAACUGAAAUGUAAUUUAUCAUCUCUUAGAACUCAGCUAGAAAUAAUGACUCAACAGGAAGAAAAGUACAAGUUGCAACUAUCUGAACUGUCUUCAGAAGUACAACAUUUGAAAGAUGUGAUAAAAACGUCAUCUGAAAAUCACCAGAGGAUUACAAGAUCACUUGAAUCAAGAAUCUCAAGCCAGAAGCAAGAGAUUCUUAUUGCUCAUAAAGAAGUUGAAAGUGUGAAGCAAGAAUUUGAAAACUAUAAGAUUCGAGUUCAUAGUGUAUUGAAACAACAGAAAUCAUCUACUCCAACAUUCAUGCCUAUUGAACCAGAUUUAAAGGAAAAACUUGAGACCAUAAAUGAGAAACUUAAAAUUCAAGUAAAAGACUUAAGUGAAAAGUUGACUGCAAUGAAUCUUGAAUAUGAAGCAUUGCAAGAAGAACAUGAUAACCUAUUGCAGAGGUAUAACAAAGCUAUUGAUGAUAACGAGAAGAAAGAUUCUGAAUGGCACCAAAGAUUACAACAAAUAAAUUUUGAAAAAAAUAGGCUUCGUGCAGCACAAGAGGAAUUAGCUUCGCAGCAUUUAUUGCAAAAUGAAAUGCUAGUUUCAACUUAUAAAAAGCAAAUAAAAAUUAUGAGUGAGGAACAUAAGCGAAUUGUAAAUGAUCUGCAGAAACAGCUGGAUGCAGCUGAUGUAGAAAUAGCUCGUCUCCAAAGAGAUCAUCAGAAAAGCCAAAGUGUGUCUGUAACGCCUAGUGCAUCAGAUAAUCCUGUUCCAUUUGAUAUCCUUUCACAAGAAAGACAAGAAGGAGAGGGCUCGGAGAAUACUGAGGAUAUCAACACACCAAUUAGACAUUUAUCUCUUGCAACUAUUCCAACCUCAGGCUUUCUUCCAUUUGAAAAACUUUUACAGUCACCCCCUGAGCCUGGAACUCCUGCAAGUUUUAUUUCUAAUCAAGACUGUGAAAAACUCAUAGCCGAUUUGAAUGCUGCAAAUAAGAAAAUUGAACAUCUUAGUGAAGUUUUGAAUGAUAGUGAAAGUACUAAUCUCAGAUUAAGUGAACAAGUUCGCGUGUUAAAAGAAGAAGUUAGGAGGCUUGAAAGGAACAAAGAAAGAGAACAACAUGCUGAAAAUCUGGAAUAUCUUAAAAAUGUUUUUAUCAAGUUUUCAACAUUACAAGCAUGUAGUGAAAAAGCAAUGCUGAUACCAGUAUUAACAACUAUGCUAAAAUUAAGUCCAGAUGAACAACAACAACUCAAAAAUAUUGCAGGAGAUAUUGAUCCCAAUGAUACUACUAGUUCUGCUGGUUGGGGGAGUUAUCUUCAUCGUUGGUCAGGCCUUGCAUAAGUUCCACCAUAAACCACAUAGUUUUAUUUUCAACAUACUUCUACAUAUUUAUAAAAAAUAACUGCCAAGGAAUCCAAAUUCAUUACUUGUCAUGAAUAACCAAAAACAUUCUUAUAGCAGUAAAACAAUAUAUUAUAAUUAUUAAUAGAUCUUUGUAUUUAAAUUCAAAUUAUACAGAGAGAUUCAAAUGAUAUUAUACUGAUGAAUGAUGUCUAGACAAUUUAUUGUAAAACUAAAAAAAAAAAUUUAAUAUUUAUGAUGCUCAUUUAUUUCGUAUAAACCUUUUCUAAGAAUGAACUUUUGUUUCCUUAAAGUUACAAAAUGGCCAUAACAGGAAGAAUAUCUAUUAUUUGUAUUUUGCUUAUCGUUAGUUUCAGUCUUUAGUUCCACAUCAGAGGCAUACAUAUGUUUAAUGAAUUUAGUUUUAUUUAGCUUAAAAAUUAAGAGAAUUUGUUUUGGAAAAAAUAAUUCAAUUAAGAAAAUAAUUACACAGAAUACAAUUUCCAAAUUUAGCUAAUGCUUCUAAUAUAAAAUACUGUGUUUUAUUUAAACAAAAUCGUAUAUUUAUAUCAUACAGAAAUGAAUGACACAAAUGCUGCCACAGGAUCUCGCUGCCCUGUAUCACUUCUUUACAUAGAAACGACGAUGUGCAAUGCUUAUCACCUUCCAUCAUUACUUCUUACGCUCUCGAUGACGAUGGCCAAAGAGACGAGUGUAUACUUAUACCGUUCGCUAGCAGCCAGCUCCAUCAAUGCAUUCUGAGUAGCUGACGCCUCCUUGUCUCUAUUUCACUUGUUUUCCCUUCCCUUCCCAUCCCAUAGUGUAAUAGUGUCAUUGUGAGAGCUGUUGUGUCAAUCAUUUCUGUACAACCCAAGUAUUUUGGGUGUUGUAAAUAUGUCGCUCGAAAAUUAUGAUGUAAAAGAUAUAAGAUUUUAAUUUUUUUGGAAUUGAAAUUGAGUUCUUUAACAAAUUUUCUUUGAAUAAAUUCUAGGAAUAGUAAAUAAAAUCCUAUGUAUAAUUUUACUGACUGUAAUAAUAUAAAUUAAAAAUAUUUUAUAAUUUGAAGCUAUAUAUAUAUAUAUAUGUUUUAUGUGUAAUAUAUUAUUAAAACACUGAAUAAUGCUUUUCCAUAAUUUUGGGAAGUAUAAAUCAGUUUCUUUUCUACCUACAACUUCAUUUUACACGCAUUAUUAUUUAUAUAGUUUUCAUUUAUUUAAUAAGGUUUUCUUUUUUUUUUAAAUUAUUCAAAAAUUUACUUUUGCAUGAUUUUAAAACAAAGAAAUUGACCAUCUGUACCAAAAAAACAUGACUUUUAUCCAAGUUUCUUCUCUGAUAAUUGGGAAUUUAAACUAUAAUAUCAAACAACACUUUGCAAAAUUAACAUACAAAUCUUUUGAGUACCUUCUCGGAAUAAAUUACUUUCAGAUUCCAUAACAUGGAUUCCAUGUUUUUGUUAAAAUUAUACGAAUUUUCGUUUCUACUAUUAUUUUCAUAUUUCUAUUUAACACAUCGAGCGCGGUGGCGGGCCCUGGGGACCGGCAGUUAGAUUUCGUCGGCCUCUAGGGACCGGCAGGAACACAUUGAGCCUGGCGUCAGUCCCUAGGGACCGGCACUGGAAUUUCGUUUGGCAGGCGUCUGUCCACAGGAUCGGCAGUAUUAACAUUGGCAACCAUGAGCUUUGUCACGCACAGGCAGGGCUUGUAUGUCGGUAGCCGACAAAGCUCUCACGAACAGACUAGCUCUAAUCAGUGCAUGAAGUCGCGGAUCACCCUGCAGCAUUGCACCGCUUGAUCACUUGCGCUGGCUGAAUGGAAAGGACAGCAAAUUCGCCGCCGCGCUCAACGUGUUAAUCAAGAUGUGUAUAUGCAAUGUCACAUUUCAUGUAUGCAGUAUUAUUUUAUUAACAGUUCGAUAUAAUCAUUCUAUAAUACGGAAGUAAUAUAUAUAUAUUAAAAAUGCCUAUAUAUAGAUAUAUACAAGCAUAUAUAUAUACGCAGGCAUUUUUUAUAUCGAUAUAUAUACAGGCAUCUUUGGUAAAUUUCUUCCAUUUCACAGUUUUGUAAAUCUUACUGAAUUGUUUAUAACAACAUCUCAGUUUACUAUUUGAAGUUGCGUUAAAUUACUAUCCUGCUUGCUGCUACUAAAAUCUAAAAAGUAUUUAAUAGUUUUCAGCAGUUUCUAAUGUUAGGAAAAAAAAUUCCUUAACUAAAAUGGUAAAAAAAAAAAGCUAUUUAUUGUUAAAUAUUGUUUAUCAUCUAUUACUCAUUUUUAAAUUAUUAGCAAAUCAUGUAUGCUUGUAAAUUACUAUUAGAAGCUUUAAAAUGUUUGUUUUAUGUAUAAUCACUGAUUUUUUUUUUUAUCCUAGAUAACUUUACCUUAGAAAUAAGACAUAAAAAGUAUAUAACAUUUAAUGCAGUUGAUGUGAUAUUUAUUAUAUAUUUGUACAUGUGUGUUAUAGAGAUGAUGUACAUAUAUUCUUAAUAAUUUGUUAUCUAAUUGAAAAGACACUGUGAGAAUUAUUUAAUUAAAAGCAUUGUGUAAAAUCACUUGACAUUCCAUUUGUGGAGGAAUAUGAAUAGUUAAUUUUUACACAGCACAGAAAUGGCUAUGACUAGCUCUAGCCUACUCUUCCUUGUAUUAUAUGUGAUUUCUAUAUAUUUUUCUUAAACUUUUGUGUAAUUCUUGUAGCAUUAAUUUUUAUUUCCAUGAACUAUACAUAAUUAUUUCAAGAAAACUUUCAUUGCAUAGACAUCAAAUAAAUAUGCAUCACCUAUUUUAAUUUACCUUCACAGAAGACCGACUUUUUAAUUUCAUCCUGUAUUCCACUUUUAAUCUAGUUUUAUAUUAUAUUUAAGUUUAGAUUUAUUGAGCAUUACCUUCAUAAUUCCUUAAAUUAUAGAUAGUUACUUAUAAAUUAAUAGGAAAUGUACUGAAUGAUUUUUUAACUAACCAUUAUAUAUCUGCAAAAGUUAAAAAAUAGGCCAGUAUAUUAAAAAAGUGCCUUGAAAUAUUUUUUUCUCUGUCUUUAAUAUUUUGUUUGUGAUAUUCAAUGUAGUGUCAUGUAAUAUAUAUAUAUAUAAAGUUCUUCCUUCUGUAAAAAUAAAAAAAAUUAAACAUGCAAGUUUUCGUAUUCACUGCCUAUUUUACUUUACAUAUGAUAUUAGUUUUGAUCAUAAUAUGAGAGAGUCGCCCAGAUGGUAUAGUGGUUAGGGGACCCUACUAUGGUGCCGAAGGGCCUGGGUUCGAAUCCCGGAGAGGACAUGUAUGUUUGUAGAUCUAUGGUGUCGGUGCAGCAUGAUGGCACGAUAAAUAUGCGGUGAGCCGAAAGUCCACUUGUGUGGAUUGGUGGAAGGAGAGAGGAGUGGGAAACCCCUGUUUGCUUUUCCCUCAAAAUUGGGGUGCAAAACAGAAGUUCAACCUC